AUGGGAUCCUCAGGUUGUCAUGAGCGCGUAGGUGUGCUCGGAUCCCAAUUUGGAUACCGAUCGUGUAGGAUUCAACGGAUCGUAAAACGGAAUCCCGGAUACUCCGGAAAUGCCAACCAUAGGGUUAAGGUUUUAGUAACCGUCCGAUCGUGCGAUCGUGAGCGAUCCGACCGUCCGAUCUGGACCAAACUUGCAGGACGUGUGUCCUAG